AUGAUGGAAAAUCAUAGAAAAGAAAAUAAUAAUAAUAUAAAAACAAAUUUAUCUUCAAAAAACAACUCAUCAAUUUUUUUGAUAAAUAAUAAAGAUAAAAAUAUAUUAUUCAAAAACUCAUAUAAUAUUAUAAAUAAUGAUGAUGAAUAUUAUUAUACAGGAAAAGGAUCUAUAUCAAAUGAAAAAAAAUUGGGUCAAAUAAAACAGCACGAGGUAAAUUAUAAAUUACCUGAAAAUUUUAAUGUAUAUGAUGAUACUAAUGAUGGAUCUAAUAGAAAUAUUAAGGAUGAUAAAAAUGAUGAUAGCAAAAUAUCAUGUGGAAAAUAUAAAAAUGAGGUAAAUAUUAUUAAUAAAAUAAGCAAUGUAAAUAAUAUUAAUCAAAUAGAUGAAUUAACAAAUAAAAAGAAAUUAUUAGAUGAAAACGAAAAAGGGAUAAACAUAAAGGAAGUAAGCAUCUUAAAAAAUCAAUAUAAUGGAAAUAAUAGUGAGAUGGAUUUUCUACUAAAUAAAGAUGAGAAAAGUAAUAAUUGUCUUUCAUAUAACACAGAAAUGAAGAACUAUAAUAGCAAUGGUUUCAUAAAUGGCAAGGAUAGUAAUUAUGAAAAGAAGGAUUAUUUAAAGAAGGUUCAAUUACCUAAUAAUACUUUUUUAAAUGAUAAUAACAGAAAUAUGAUUAGUAAAAACAAUUUGCAAAAUCAAGGAAAUGAUAUUAAUAAAGAAAAUUUUGCUUUAUCUAUUAAUAAAAAAAAUGAUAUAAGAAAUUUAGAAAUUGAUGAAUAUGCAACAGAGAAUAAAAAUGUAUGCUCAAAAAGUAACGGAGAAAACGAGAAAGUAGAUUAUAAGAAUUCAGUAAAAUUCACUGAUAUGUAUUUUGGAGAUUCCAGCAAUUUAAUUGGCACUUUUAAGAAUGAAAAUCAAAGAAAAAAUAAAAGUGAACAAAAUGAAGAAAAAAAUAAGGAAAAUAAAACAAUGGAUAAUGUUAAAAACAUUAAAAUUGAAGAAGAUCAAAGGAAUAAAAAUAACAUGGAUAAAAAAAAUACUUUGCCUAAUUCACAUGUUUUGGAAAAUUUGUUAAGGAUAAAAAAACAAGUGAAUUUAUUAAAAGCGAAAAAAGAACAAAAUAAAUUAAAAAUGUGGAAAAAAGAAAGUAGAAAAAAAAGAAAAGUUAAAUAUAGAUUCGAAAAAGAUAAAUGCGGUAUAUUUGAUUUUAUAAUGAUAUGUAAAUCAGAAUUCGUAGGUUUUAAGAAAUGUGAAAGUUUGGGUUUGCAAUUACAAAGUAUAAUGGUAGCUGAUAAAUUAAUAUACAAUUUCAUGUGUACAAAUCAUAAAGCAUGUGUAGGAAGUUUUUUAUUAAAAGUAGAUAUGAAUAAUAGCCAUAUAGAAAUAAAAGCAAGAGGCCCUAUAUGUAUAAAUUUUAAUGAAUUAUUUGAUGAAAGAAAAAAAAAUACGGGAAAUAGGUUCAAAUGGGAAUAUCUUGAUGUUUGUGUAAAUAUACAAGAAGGAAAAGAUCGUGCAACUGCUAUGGGAUAUAAAUACUUGAAUAGUAGUGUAACAGGAAAAAGGUAUGUUAGAAAUUUUGUUUGUAUUUUAAAUACGCAAUGUAAUAGUAGACUUAGAAUUAUAAAAGAUAAUGAUACGAACAAGGUUUGGUUAGAAUUAUCUGGAGUAAAUCAUGAAGAACACUGCCCUUAUAGCCCUCAUUCAACUGAAGGCAUGUUUUUAAAUAACAAGAAAAGUAGAAAGCAAAUAUACAAUAAUAAGAACAAUGAUAAAAUUAUUAAUCACGAUAAUAAUUUAAGUAAUAUUAGCAAUAAUAACAAUUAUAAUAAUAUAAGCAUCAAUUAUCAUAACAUAAGCAAUAAUAUCAAUAAUUAUAACAUGUAUAAUAAUAUACUUAACUAUAAUUAUAAUUUUAGUAAUAUAAAUAAUACUAAUUUUAAUAAUAUAAAUAAUAAUUAUAGCAAUAUAAAUAAUAACAAUCAUUAUAAUAAUGAGAAUUGUAACAAUAGUUUAAAUAAUAAAAAUCCUGUUUACAUUUAUUAUAAUAAUUAUGAUAAUGACUUGAAAAUUAAAAGUAUGACUUAUUUGAAUAACCUAAAUAAAAACAUCAAUAUUUCUGAUCCAUCAUGUAAUAUAAUUUCUAAUAAUAAUGAUAAUUGUAUGAACAAGCAAUUAUACAUUUUCCCAAAAAUUGGUAGUAAUAAUUGUAUGCAUAAUAAUAAUACCUCAAAAUUAAUUUUAAAAAGAAACAUGCUAUGUAAUCAAAAUAGUAACUGUAACGAUACAAGUAAUAAUAAUAUUGAAAAUAUAUUAUUCCCUACAUCUUUAAAGAAUGCACCUAAAUUCAAUCCACUGUGUCGUGGUUCUGAUAAUAUAAGCCACAUUAAUAUUACAAAUAAAAAAAAUUUUAUAAAAAACCUUUUGUUAAAUUCACAAGAACAUAAUUUUAUUAUUAAUAACAUUUAUAAUAAUAAUACUAUAAACAAUUCUUUUAAUAAUUACAUUCCUUCAAAUAGUAUUUUAAAUAAUUAUAAUAAUAAUUUAAAUGGUAACAAUGCUCUGACUAAUGAUUAUAAUAACAGUAAUAAUGAAAAUAAUAAGAAUAUUUGUAAUGAUAAUAAUAAUAAUAAUAAUAGUAAUAAUAACAGUAGUAAUAAUAAUAAUGAUAAUAAUAGUAAUAAUAACAGUAGUAAUAAUAACAAUUAUAGUAAAAAUAUUUCUAAUAGUAAUGAUAAAAAUAUAAGCAAUAUUUUAUAUAAUAAUAACAAUAUCAUUGAUACGAAUAAGAAUAAUUAUUAUAUGUUGGAUAAUAAACAGAAUCUAAGCCAAAAAUAUAUUUAUAAUAAUUCAAAUUAUAUAAAUGUAAAUGAUAUGAAUAAAAGCGAAUUUCACAUUAAUAAUAUGAAUAAUCCUCAAUUUAUAUGUACAUCCGUUGUCUCAUCAUCAAAUUCUUCAAAUAACAUAAAUUUGAAUUUAAGAAAUUGCAAUAUGCAAAAUUUUAAUACUUUAUCAAAUAUUGCUGUGGAAAACAGUUCUUUAUAUAGUAUUCAAAAUUGUGAUAAGAUAAAAAAUACUUCUGAAAAAAUAAUAUUAAAUGGUUUUAGGAAAUUAAGUAAUAAUUUUAGUAAUAAUAGUAAUUACAAGGAAACAAGUAAUUUUAUUAAUAAUAAGCAAAAUUUGAUGAACUACCAUGAUACUUUGAUGAAUUCAGCGAACACAGGAAAUAUGUAUAAUAAUGAUAAUAUCAUCUAUAAAGAAAUGCAAAAUAAUUUAAAUAAUGAAAUAUAUCACAAUAACAAUAAUACACUUAACUGCUUGUGGAAUAAUUUGGCAAUUUCAAAUGGUUCAGUUACUAAUAAUGUAUUAUUAUCUAAUUCAUCUCUAAGUAAUAAAGCAAAUUUAGAAGAAUAUAUUGAUAAUUCCAAUAAUAACAAUAACAAUAAACAAAUGUUAAAACAUAUUAUAAAGAAUACUCUUAAAAAAAACGAAACAAACUUCAUUAAUGAAGAAAAUCAAAAUUAUAAUUAUCAGAAACAAUAUAAUGGAAACCAUCACGAAAAAAGAAAAAACAUAAAUCAAGAAAAACUAAAACAUUGCUUAAAUGAACAAAGUAAUGAUGAAAUAGAUAAUUAUGUGCAACCAAAUGAAGAUAAUAAUGAGAACAUGAAUGAACAUAAAAUAGAAAUUGAAAAUCAUAGGAUUGAAUAUAAAAAUGGAAAUGAAAAUAAGAAUGAAAAUGAAUUUGGAAAUAUAAAUAAAAGUAGAGAUGAGAUGGAAAUUGAAAAUGACAAAACUACAAAUAAAAAAUACAAUAAUGAUGAUGAUGAUAAUCAGGAAAAUGAAGAUAGCAGUGAAGAUAAAGAAAAAAAUGGAGAUAAAGUAAAAAGUAAUCAUAAAGAAAAUGUAAAAAUUAAAAAAAGUAAAUUGAAAAAUCAUAAUCAAAAAAUAGACAAAGAAGAUAAUGAAAAAAAAAGAAAAAGUGAAUAUAAAUGCAAUGAAAUUAAAAAAUAUGAUGAUGAAAAAGAUAAUCAAAAUUAUAUGUAUUAUGAAAAUGUAAAAAAUAAUAGAAAAAUUAUUAAUAAAAGUAGAGAAAUAAAGGAAGAAUCGUUUUCACAAGAAAAAGAUAAUUCUUUUAGAUAUAAGCAAGCAAAUAUUAAAGAAGAACCUUUUGAAAAUAACGAAAGUUAUUUGAAUAGAACAAAAAAUAAUGACACAAAUGAAAGAAAUUCACGCAAAUUUCCAAAUGAUGGAAAGAGAGCAUUAUAUGAAGGUUCAUUUUUAAAUGCUCAGAACAAUGGCAUAGGAAACUUUUUAAAUAAAAAGAAUAAUGAUUACUUAGAAGAAAAUAAAGAUUUUUACGAAAAAAACAAUGAAAAAAAAAGAAAAAUUAAUAAUAAUUAUAAUGAAAAUGAUUUUCCACUAGCAAAUAACAACUUUGAAUACGAUUCAUCAUUUGAUUCUAUCAAUAAUCCAGAUUGUAUAUUUCCCUCUCAAAUUUUAAAAUAUGUAAAAAUAGAUAAACAUAACAAUCAUAUGAACUCUAACAAUGAAAAUAUGAAUAAAUUAAAUAAAAAAAUCAAUAAUGAAACAAAUAAUAAUUCAUCAAAGUCUAUGAUAGAUGAAAAUUUAAAUAAAGAUAAUAUACAAAAUAAUAGAAGUAACUUAUCUGAUAAUUCAACUAACGGUAUUGAUAACGAGUCAUUUGAUAAUAAUACGAAUUCUUCACGUAGUAUAUGUAGGAAUAAUGUCAAAAAUUUAGUUAAUAAUAAUAGUUUAUAUAACUCCAAUACUAUUGUUAAUCAUGAUUCGAAUGAAUCAAAACUUACUUAUAACAACAGCACUAUUGAUCCAUCUAGUAAUACAUAUAAUUCAUUAAAUUGCACACAUCAUAAUAAUAAUAAUAAAAAUUCUGAUGAAUCCAACUUUUUUAAUAAUUUAAAUGAAAAUAUGCAAGAUAAUAAUAACAAAGAUGAUUAUGAAAUUAGUAAUAUUAAUUCACGUUACAAUACAGAUUCAUUAAUAAAUUAUGAAAAAAAUUCUUUCAACGAAAAUAAUAGCAAUGAUAAUAAUAUAGAGAAUAGAAAAUUUUAUUGUGGUAAUAAUUCUGAUUUUAGAAAUAAUCAUCAUCUUCUUGGUAAUGUACAUGAAGAAGAUAAUAAUAUAAUCACAAGAAAAAUAUCAUCAAAUAAAUUAGAAAACCCUAUAAAUGAUUUUAAUUGUGCAUAUUCAAAUAACAAUUAUGCAUUACAAAAUGACAAUGAAACAUUUGCAAUUUCUAAUUAUAGUGCUUCUUUAAAUAUUAAUAACACUAAUCAAAAUAAUGAUACAGGGAUGAUGGUUACUCAUAAUCUUCCUAGUAGUAAUAAUGAUGUAUAUGUGAAUAAUUAUUAUGCAAACAAUUAUUUAAAUGCUGUUGAUAAUAUGAACAUCACAAAAAAUAAUGCAUAUAUUCCAGUACACAAUUUAAAUGUUCAAAAUAAUAUUUCUCAUUCAGAUGAUUUAACUAAUUUUAGUAAUUUAAAUAGUGUUAAUAGUUUAAAUAAUAAUAAUAAUGAAGUAUUAAAUUGUGAAAUAAGUAAUAAUUAUAAGAAUGAUAUCACAUACUCACAUAAUAAUUAUUUAAUGACUAAUUAUGAGAAUAAUUAUCAAAUUAAUUCAAAUAACUCUAACAUGUUAUAUGAUAUAAAUAAUUGUAAUUUGGGAUUAUUAGAUAGUCAAAAUAAUUUCUUUAAUCAGAAUUAUUAG